AUGGCGAAAACCGAGCAGAGCGUCGGGAUCGACUUGGGCACGACGUAUUCGUGCGUAGGCGUGUGGCAAAACGACCGCGUCGAAAUCAUUGCGAACGACCAAGGCAACCGCACGACGCCGUCGUACGUGGCCUUUACCGACACGGAGCGGCUGAUUGGAGACGCGGCCAAGAACCAAGUCGCGAUGAACCCGUCGAACACUGUGUUUGACGCGAAGCGGUUGAUCGGGCGCAAGUUUAACGACCCGAUGAUUCAGGCAGACAUCAAGCACUGGCCAUUCAAGGUGGUGGCCGGGCCGGGCGACAAGCCGCAGAUUGUGGUUGAAUUCAAGGGCGAGAGCAAGACGUUCCAGCCGGAAGAGAUUUCGUCGAUGGUGCUGAUCAAGAUGAAGCAGGUGGCGGAAGCGUUCAUUGGGGUGGAGGUGCAGAAUGCCGUGAUUACUGUGCCAGCCUACUUCAACGACUCGCAGCGGCAGGCGACCAAGGAUGCCGGCGCGAUUGCUGGCUUGAAUGUGCUUCGCAUUAUCAACGAGCCCACGGCCGCCGCGAUUGCGUAUGGCCUGGACAAGAAGGGCGGCGAGCACAACGUCCUGAUCUUCGACUUGGGCGGGGGCACAUUUGAUGUGUCGCUGCUGACGAUCGAAGAGGGCAUUUUUGAGGUCAAGGCGACGGCGGGAAAUACGCACUUGGGGGGCGAAGACUUCGACAACCGACUGGUGGACCACUUUACCGACGAGUUUAAGCGCAAGUACAAGGGCGACUUGAAGACGAACCAGCGUGCGCUGCGCCGCUUGCGCACGGCUUGUGAACGGGCGAAGCGCACGCUGUCUUCGUCGACGCAAGCGUACCUUGAGAUUGACUCGCUGUUUGACGGAAUGGACUACAACACGACCAUAACGCGCGCGCGCUUUGAAGACUUGUGCAGCGACUACUUUCGCAAGACGAUGGAGCCCGUGAAGAGCGUGUUGCAGGAUGCAAAGCUGUCGAAGAAUCAAGUGCAUGAAGUGGUCCUUGUCGGGGGGUCGACUCGGAUUCCCAAAGUGCAGCAGUUGCUGUCCGACUUUUUUCACGGCAAGGAGCUGUACAAGUCGAUCAAUCCAGACGAGGCCGUUGCGUUUGGGGCCACGGUGCAAGCGGCGAUUUUGAGCGGGAGCAGCGGAUCGCAGAAGCUGCAGGAUUUGCUUCUCUUGGACGUGACGCCCUUGUCUCUAGGGCUCGAGACGGCCGGCGGUGUGAUGACGACGCUGAUUUCCCGCAACACGACGGUGCCGACAAAGAAGUCGCAGACGUUUUCGACGUACGCCGACAACCAGCCGGGGGUGCUCAUCCAGGUGUACGAAGGCGAGCGCACGAUGACGCAUGACAACCACUUGCUGGGCAAAUUUAGCCUGGAUGGCUUGCCCCCCAUGCCCCGGGGAGUCCCCCAGGUCGACGUGACGUUUGACAUUGACGCGAACGGCAUCUUGAACGUGUCUGCCGUGGAAAAGUCGACGGGGAAAGAAAACAAGAUAACGAUCACGAACGACAAGGGCCGUCUUUCCAAGGACGAGAUUGAGCGCAUGGUGAACGACGCGGAGAAGUACAAGGCCGAGGACACGAAGAACAAGGAGCGCGUGGAGGCGAAGAAUGGGCUAGAAAAUUACGCCUAUAGCCUGCGCAACACCCUCCAGGAGGAGAAGAUUCAAGGCGCGAUGGACGCAGGUGACAAGAAAGUCCUGGAAGACAAGGUGCACGACAUCAUUUCGUGGAUGGAUCGAAACUUGGCCGCCGAAAAGGACGAAUACGAAGGCAAGCAGCAGGAGCUCGAGAGUGUAGCCAACCCCAUUCUGCAAAAGGUGCAUGCGAGCGGCGGCGGCGGAACCCCCGGUGGAAUGCCCGGCAGUCAAGGUCCCAGCACGUCCGGCGCCGACGGCCCCAAGAUUGAAGAAGUGGACUGA